AUGAACAACACAUAUCUUAAACUCUUCUGCGGCGGUUCUAGUCAACAGAAGCGGUUUGUGUUCUCCAACAACGUUAAAGUUUCAUGCUUAUUAGCCUCUUUUUGUGCCUUUGCCGUUUGGACUUACAUAUUUGCAGGUAUUUCAAUACCAUUCAUCCACAAAGACAGACUCCAAAACCAAGAAGAUUUUCUUCUCAGAUGCAUAAAAGGAAAAUCUUUCAAACAAACAUGUCCUACAAACUACCCUACAAAACAUAACCCAACAAAUCAAAGUAGACAUGUUUGUCCCUCAUAUUUUAGAUGGAUUCAUGAAGAUCUAAAGCCAUGGAGAGAACAAGGGAUCACAAGAGAGAUGUUGGAAAGGGCAAAAAAGACAGCACAUUUUAGGCUUGUGAUUGUGAAUGGGAAAGUGUAUGUGGAGAAGUAUAGGAAAGCUAUUCAAACCAGAGAUGUUUUUACAUUGUGGGGUAUCUUGCAAAUGUUGAGGUUGUUUCCUGGGAAAUUACCUGAUUUGGAACUUAUGUUUGAUUGCGAAGAUAAACCUGUUGUUCCUUUGGAUAAGUUUCACGGCCCAAAUGCUUCGCCGCCUCCAUUGUUUAGAUAUUGUUCAGAUCAAUGGAGCUUGGAUAUUGUCUUCCCAGAUUGGUCCUUUUGGGGAUGGGCAGAGACAAAUAUAAAACCAUGGAAAGAUACCCUAAAAGAUAUAAAAGAAGGGAACAAAAAGACUAAGUGGAAGGAUAGAGUACCUUAUGCUUAUUGGAAGGGGAACCCUUAUGUUGCUCCAACUAGACAAAAUCUUCUACAAUGCAAUGUUACAUUAGAGAAGGAUUGGAACACUCUCAUAUACGUACAGGACUGGAUUCAAGAAUCAAAUCAAGGUUUCAAGAAAUCUAGUUUAGGAGAUCAAUGCACUCAUAGAUACAAGAUAUACAUAGAAGGCUGGGCUUGGUCAGUUAGUGAGAAGUAUAUUAUGGCAUGCGAUUCAAUGACAUUAUACGUAAGAUCGCGUUACCAUGAUUUUUUCAUGAGAGACAUGAUGCCAUUACAACACUAUUGGCCUAUUAGAGACAAUAGUAAAUGUUCAUCUCUCAAGUUUGCUGUAGAAUGGGGCAACAAUCACACUCAAAAGGCACAUGCGAUUGGAGAGGCGGGUAGCAAAUUCAUACAAGAGGACUUGGACAUGAAAAAUGUAUACAAUUACAUGUUUCAUUUGCUAAAUGAAUACGCAAAGCUUUUAAGAUUCAAGCCAAAAAUACCGCGCGGAGCUGUGGAGUUUUGUGCUGAAAAAUUAAUGGCAUGUGAUGAAAAUGGUAACAGAAGAAGGUUUAUGGAAGAGUCCUUGGAGAAGGUUCCUAGUGAUUCAAAUCCAUGCACUCUUCCUCCUCCCUAUGAUCCUUUAACUUUACAAAAAAUUUUAGAUAGAAAAGCAAAUUCAACAAAACAAGUAGAAAGUUGGGAAGAUGAGUAUUGGCAGAGUAAAAACAAUGGACAAUAG